CUUGUGCUGCAAUGGCGUGUAGACGUGGCAAUAUUCUAUUUGAUAGGAAGUAAUUGAAAGAGAAUAAGAAGCAUAAUGGAUAAGAAAAGCUACAGAUUUUCUAAAGAAGAAAGAAAUUUUUGGAUUCUGGAUGUAUUGAUCAAACACGUUGCCCCGGCAGCAGUCAGGAAACGUUUUGAUGUUAUUAUUCCUCGAGAUGACCUUGAUAAAAUUCUCAACAGUAAUGUCAGUGUCAUUCAAAAUCUUAUUAGUAAAAAGGUCAUCAAUGUACAUCAGCAAGGAAUUCUACAAGGUGUUCCAGGUUUCAGUAUACCAGCAGCAAUAACAGUACCGACUUCGAAGAAGACAGCAACUUCUUCCAGUGAUUUUGAUACUACCUUGAUGAUAUGCCUUCUACGAAACCUAAAACUUGUAAAGGAACCUUCUACCGGAUGGGAUAGACUUCCACCUGACAGCGACAAUUCUCUUGGAGCGAAUUUGACCAGAAUCAAAGUGUAUAGGAACAAGUUAUCUCAUCCAUCAAAAAGUCGAAUUAAUGAUAAUUCUUACCACAAGAUAUGGUCUUCCUUGAAAAAGGCUUUGAGUGAAAUAAGUGAUGGAGAAACUGAUGACAUUGUUCGAGAAAUAGAAACAUUUGAUUUGGGGGUAUCAAAUAAGGAGGAGCUAUUAUGCAGGAUUCAACAGGAAGUUCGUGAAUUGAAAAACGAGUUACAAUUUCAUCGUAACUUAAAAGAAAAUACGAUGAACUUAGUAGAAGAAUGGAAGACCGAGACAGACGUGUUCUAUAAAACCAGGGGUACGGAGGAAGUAUUAGAGAAAAUUAAAACUAACAACAGUGUUAUGAUUGUAGGAAAUUCUGGUACAGGAAAAACAGCGACAAUGAAAUAUGUAUCUCUCCUGCUCGAGGAAGAAGGUUAUGAAAUUAUUCCUGUUAGCUCUGCUAACGAAAUUCCCUGUCAAAGAUUUAGUAGUCGAAAGCAACUUUUUAUUAUUGAUGAUAUCAUUGGUAAAUACAAAGUAAAUGAUGUCGCUCUGGAAUUAUGGGAGAAAGUUAAUAAUCGGCUUGAUAUAAUAUUUAAGUGUAAAAAUGCCAAACUAUUAUGUACCUUGCGGAGAAGUUUACAGAAGGAAAUUGGUGAACUCUCUAUUUCAACGGUUUUUAAUUCAACAAUUGUUGACCUGGAUUCUACUGAUUUAGCGCUUUCUUUCAAAGAAAGAAAAGGAAUGUUUAGAAAAUAUAUGCUAAAACGAAACAAACAGAAUGAAAUUGGUACAGAAGAAAUUGAGAUAAUCUGUGGUUGUAGUUAUGGAUUUCCUCUGUUAUGUGAACUGUUCUUUUCGAAUUCUGAAUUUUUCAAGAGGAAGGCCAAUUUUUUUUGCAAUCCUUCAACUGUUUCCAACAAAAAAUGUCACUCUAAAUAA